UUGCAUGCUUGAGAACACAAUAGAACAAGAGAAUAGAGGUGUUUUGAUUAAGCAUCAUAUCGGCGAGGAAAAUGAGCAGCAGCAACUUGGAUUCCCGAUCUCUGAUGCAGGAGCUUCGUAGCUUUGACAACGAAGUUCCUCUCUUCGACUUCGGUCACCCUCUCCUCAAUCGCGUCUCCAACAGCUUCCUCAAAGCUGCUGCGAUAGGAGCUGUCCAAGCCGUGGCCCGUGAGGCUUAUUUCACGGCUGUUGAAGGUGCGGGCAUUGAUAAUGCUAGCGGCAUCGUGCCUGAUGUUUCAGAUGCCAGAAAAGCUCGUUUUCCCGGUCUUGGAGGAGAGACUAACGGUAAAUCUCUCGAGGCCAUGGUCAAGAAUAGCGGAAAGGAGUCCUUUCAAUGGGGGUUGGCUGCCGGAUUAUAUUCAGGACUCACCUAUGGCCUAAAGGAGGCUCGUGGAGUUCAUGAUUGGAAAAACAGUGCAGUAGUAGGAGCACUCACAGGGGCCACACUUGCGCUUACAUCAGAAAACUCAUCUCACGAGAAGAUUGUGCAAAGUGCAAUAACUGGAGCCGCCGUCUCCGCCGCCGCCAAUCUCCUCUCUUGGAUCUUCUGAGCUGAGACUGGCUUUUAUGUUAGUUUUCUUUUUUCCAUACCUCAAGCACACGCCAAAAAAAAAAAAAAAAAAUCCCUCUCUUAGAUAUAUGUUGUUCAUGUUUUAGAUGUAGUUGUAGUUGUAAUGGUUUCCUUUUGAACUUUGUCACCACCAUUAAUGACUUUCUGAUCAAAGGCUUUCUCGUGUUAUCGAAUGUUUUUUCUUUUAUAUAAUUUCCCAAGUUCAAACUCGAAGGGAGGACACAAGUGAUCACUUAUUAGUUUUUGCCUUUUAAUCAUUUCCUAUUUAUAGACUUGAAUUCAGUAAGUGUUCUAAAUAUACUCAUUACUCAUUCAAUGAGUGUUUGUCUCAAUUACAGCAGAUAAAAUGAUACUUGAAAAUUAUUAAUUUAUAUUUCUUUUUAAAAAUUUAAAACUAUGCUAUUAGAACACUCUUUACUUGUAGUAUAUCCUCUUAAAAUUUGAAAUUUGAUAUUUUUUUUAGUAGUAUGUAAUAGAAUCAUUAACAACUAUUCAAUUGAAUCAAACUAUUAUCGUGUUGAGUGAGCGUGCUUAGGAUAUUCACCGAACCCACUAUUUGAUGAUUGUAUCUAAGAAAGCAUUAAUUAUAGCUGUUAUUUGAUCGGUGCUUAUAGUCUUUCGGUGCCGAUGAUGAUUGAUGUUGCUCAUGGACAUGACUCUAUUAACUGAUUGAAAAGAAAAUAAAGGAGAGGUCUCUAAUUUCGCCAAAAAUAAAUAAAUAAAUAAACAAAACUUAAAAAAUCACAUAGCAUUAUUUGUGCUUUAUCUAUCCUAUAUCGGUAUAAUAUUGAUAUAAACGAAUAAAAACUCUAGCCUGGGAUGAUCUUAUCUUGUAACCGAAUCCGUGAGCAAUACUCAACUAAUUGUUUAUCACUAGCUUUGAAUUCACGCUAGCAUGUAGAUACAUGUAUAACUUAUUAUAAGGAAACGACCUUGCUCCUUCAAGUAUGUCCUAGACUAGACAGUAACAGGUUCCGAAUCCAAUAAGUCUAUAUGAGUUGGCAGGGUAAGACCAGACAAGUUGCUUUUAUGGAGGAGGAGGAGGAGGACGAUGACGAUCUAUUUGGGACCAACGACGACGACGAGGAUUUCAAUCUCUUCGAUAACAAAUCCAAGUUCAAGAGCCCCACCACAUCGAAAUUCAAUAAAGCAAAGAGCAUCUCAGAAGUUUCACUACCACUACCAGCAACAACUUCCCACCAGCACCACCAUACUAAUCCAGCAACUCCGGUUCCCACGUCGGCAGCGAUAGGCCUGUUUGGCAACAGCGGAAAGCAAAACAUCAAUGGCGUCACCAAUCUAGUGGGACUCACUCAAGGUGUUCUUAAUGGAAGUGUUAUUCUGGGUCAUAAUAAUUCAAUCACUGUGUGUAAUUGUUAGGUUAUAUGCCUGCAUAUUUUGUGCACUAGCGUUUGAGUCUAACACCCUCUUUACUCGUCCUUCUGUUAUGAUUUACCUGAUCUGGUUUUGAUUCAAUAACGUUAUGAUCCUUGGUCUGAUAUCAGACUGCGAUGCUUGAAAUAAGACACUUGGAGUUGGGGUUA